AAUGCAAUCCACUUGCCAACGGUCAUUUUUUCUUUUCUGUUCAUCUCACUUUCUCGCAAAAUUCCUCUCCAAUUUCUGCAAAAGGCUCUGCCAUUGAAGCCAAGAAACUAGAAGUUCAAGAAAAUGAAUGUUUCUGAUAAAACCAUUUCAUCUUCAUCGACUUCAAACAAGCCCCCUUCAAUCCCAAAAGGUACAGAUGAGAAUGAAGAAAGCUACCAUGACAAAGGUUUAAAUGUGCAAAACUUAAAGAAAUCAACUGCAACAACACCAGCACCAAUAAAGCAGUUCAUGUCGCCGACAAUCUCUGCAGCUUCAAAAGCCAAUCCUCCAAGAAAGAAAAUAUUAGCUGAAAGAAAUGACUCUCAAGAUACCUAUCCCCAAAAGACCCAAAACUUCGAUUCAAAAUCUACCCAAAAGGCAACAAAUCCUGAUUCAAGAAUCACUUCUAGCAUUGAAUUUGGAGACAAUCAAGAAAAUGCUCUUAUUGAUGAUUUGUCUUCAAGGCCUUACGACCCAUUAACUAAUUAUCUCUCUCCACGGCCUAAAUUUCUCCGGUAUAAGCCUAACAGGCGGAGAGAGAUACUGCUUGGACAAGAAAAUCAGGUUAAAGAAGGCAAAGAUGAUGGUCCUUUAGAGGCCAAGAAAGAAAUAGAUUUGCCUAGUCCUUGUGGUGCUUUGGCUGCUGAUUCUACAAAACCUAAUGCAGAGCAAGAAAAUGAAGAGAGUGACGAUAGUGAAGAAGAAUAUGAGGAGUUGGACGAGGAAAGAGGUUGCUGGGGAGUGAGAGGAGUAGUGAAAUUUUUUUUAUUGAUGGGUGUUCUGGUGUUUUCUACCCUAUAUAUUUCUUCUAUGAACUCUCCUAUACCUUCUCCUUCUGUACAAGCUGUAGUGAGUGUUAAAGAUGGAUAUUACAUGAUGCAAGAUCAUGUAUAUCGAUUUGUGAAGGAUCUUGACAGUGGAAAUCUGUUCUUGGUUGAUAGAAAAGGAAUAGAAUUGAGUUUUGCUGAUGUAGAUGGAAUCAAGAAAGAAGAAAGGAUUGAAGAUAUUAAGAUUAAAGAAGCAGGAAUUGAUGAUGAGCACAAUGGAGGGUUUGUAGAGAUACAGAGUGGAGAAAUCAAAACUGUAGAUGAAUCUAGUGUAGGAGGGGAAGAUGAAGCUAUGGAGAUUGUGGAGCAUGAAGAGAAGGGAAUAGUUGAUGAUGACUUGGGAAAUGUCAUAGAGCUGCAAUCUGGAGAAGUUUCAGAUGGCAGUGAUUUUGAAAUUGCAAAAACAAAAAACUUUCCUGAUCUUGAAAUAGCUAAAGCAGGAGAGUUGCUUGAUCAGGUUGCAACAAAUUCUGAGUUGCAGGGACAGGAAGCUGUAGAAGUGCUUGAAAUGCCUUUAGAGAUUGUAUCAAAUGUUGAGAAGGAUAAGGAGGUUGUGUAUGAGCCAAUCAAAGAAGACAUCUUGGACGGGGAAACUGGUGGAACUGCGGAUAUCACUGAUGAAGCAGAAGUUACUAAAAAAGAAAGGCUUAUCAAUCACAUGGAAACUAAAUCAAUUCUGAAAUUGGUCAUUGGGUUUUCAGUAUUCUCUUCAAUUAUUGCAUCUCCUGUAUUAAUUCUUCACUUUAGGAAGAAGAACAGAAAUGCAAGAAAGGACUCGGAUACAAUUCCUGAGCCUUGUCUUGACUCUAUGAGAGCAGAGAAAUGCAGCUCACUGCUGGCUGACAAAGAAGAUAGUCACAUUGAGCAUCCUAUAACUUUUGCCAACUUCAAGUCUCUGAUAAACUCCUUGGAAGAAGAUUCGAAACAAACACACGAAAGUCGGGCACCAACAUUUGAGUUGCUUGGUGAGCUUGUAGUGGGAGAGAUGAGUAGCUCUCUCAGGAGCUGUAGCAGGAAAAGCAGGGUAAUAGAGAGUGAAAUGAGCAGUCAUUCUGUUUCUGUAGAGAAGGGAAUAGGCAGUAAGGCUAACUCAACUCCUGUUCAGUUACAGUCAGCUUUCUCAGAGACCUCAACAACGAAUUUUCAUUCAUUUACUAAUGAGAAGAAAAUCCUGAAGAAAGAGGAGGAGGAGGGAGGAGGGGAUGGAGAUGUCAAGAAGAUGGUAACAACAACUACUCCGUUGAGACGAUCAAGCAGACUCCGUAAUCGAGCAGUAUCUCCAUUAAUUGUUUCUGCUGGCUGCUACAUAUGAAACAGCUUUCUCUGUUGUUUCAUUGUAAAGCCCCUUUCCACUUGUGUUUCUUCUAACUGAAGACAUGAUUAAUUGUUUGUUUUAUUUAUUUUAGUUUGUUAUUUAGGAACUCAUUCUUGUAAGAAUUGAAUUCAACAUGAUUAUUAAUAUCUUGACCUUGAUUA